AUAACAUACAACGAUUAUGGAAUUCCCGACGCCUUGUGAACGCAACAGCAUCCGGGCUCGAUUGGCUCAGUCAGCGAUUGGUUGUCCUGCCCACAGACGCACCUACACACUGCUGGUUCCUCCCUCUAAAUCAACUUUAAAAACAUUCAUGGCGACUCCAGUCGACUCUGGCGAUGACGUCUGCCAGUUUUGUCAGAUCGCCAACAGCCACGGCGACACAGAAAUCCUCCUGAGCGACAGUGAGCUGCUGUGCUUCCGGGAUGUGAAGCCCGGUGCUGCCCAUCAUUACCUGGUCAUUACCAGGACUCACAUUGACAACUGUAAAGCUCUACGAAAGGAGAACAUACCCACGGUGGAGCGGAUGGCUGAGAUGGGAAGGAGCAUCUUAGAGAAAAAUAAAGUGAGAGACCUGCAAGACAUCAGGAUGGGCUUUCAUGUCCCUCCUUUCUCAUCCGUCCCUCACCUUCACCUCCACGCUCUGGCUCCUGCUAGUAAGAUGAAUAUGAGCUCUCAGCUCAAAUACGGGCCACAGUCGCAUUGGUUCAUCACAGUGGAGAAAGCGCUUUGUCAGCUUAGGACACGAGGCAAAAUUAAAUGAAGGGAUGGCGCUCACAUUGUAUUUUUGUUGCUUUUUAGUUAAAUGAAAACAUUCCUAUAAUAGGAAUCCUAUUGUACUUGAUGAUUACAUGCCGUGCAAGGAAUUUCAAGGGGCUUUAGUCUAACUGUAGCACAGUAAUGAAUUGGAUUAAAAUUGUGUUGUAUUGUUUAUAUUUAUUUUGUAUUUCAUUUGGUUCAAGUAAUUAUGUUUGUGAUUAUUACAUCACAUCAUUUGCUUUUUUGUAUCAAAAUUAAUCAUAAAUCACUUAUUAAUCACUUAUAUACUACCGAAAAAAUUACAUUGGGAAUUUGUGGGGGGAAAAAUGUGAAAAUGAAACCCACAUAAGAUAAUUUUUAC